GUUUCUUUGAACCCGUGGAUUAACAUUUUCACUAUCGAGUGAUGAUAUUGCCAGUUAUCGCUGCUCUGAGUAGCGGCAUCGUCGUGAAGAAGAUGCAGGUUAUGCCGGUCUUCUCUUCGCGUUUCAAAGAACUGUGGGAAGAGUGGGAGCUCCGCGGUGUCGUGUUCCUCAGCCUCACCCUCCAAAUUAUGCUCAUUUGUAUGGGCAAUCGCCGCAAAUACAUUCACUCUGCCUUGUUCAGGGGGGUCGUUUGGCUGGCCUACCUAAUGGCUGAUUCAGUCGCGAUCUAUGCGCUUGGCAUAAUCACGAACAAGCUCACAAAUUUAAACAGCCAAAGUGUGGACGCGGACACCCAGCUGAAUGCGUUCUGGGCGCCAUUCCUCUUGUUACACUUAGGAGGCCCUGACACCAUCACAGCAUAUGCCCUAGAAGACAAUGAGCUCUGGUUGAGGCACUUGUUGGCACUAGUCACCCAAGCAGGAGUGACAUUUUAUAUCUUCCUGAUGGCAUGGACUGGCCAAAAGAUAUCCAUCCUCGCCAUCGUGGUGAUUCUUGCCGGGCUCGUCAAGUAUGGUGAAAGGGUUUAUGUGCUCUGGACUGCCAGCAGUGAGCAGUUCAGGGACUCCAUCCCCGACCCGCCUCCUAAUUAUUCCAAGAUAUUGGAGCAACAUAAGUUGAUGAAGGCUGAGGGCUACGAUGUCAUACCGCAUGAAGUGAUCGAGGUCCGCAAUGUGAUCAUGGAAAACACUGUGGAUGGUGCCGAUCUUUUAUCUCCAGAGGAAAACCUCGAUCUGGAGCAACUUUAUAAGCGUAAGCAAGGAGAAUUGCUUGUGGCCAGAGGCUUGGUUAAAAUAUUCCAACGCCUUUUCGCAGAUCUCCUGCUGAGGUUCGAGGAUCGCGACACAAGUAAGUUGGUUCUCAAAGAUAAUAAUUUCCUCGUGGUCUUCAAGAUCAUCGAGAUUGAAUUGGGAAUCAUGUACGAUUUGCUCUACACAAAGGCCAAGGCAAUACAUACUAGCUGGGGCUUGGCUCGUCGCACAACCGGAUUGGUUUCAAUCUGCUUCGUAUUGGUUCUCUUCAUCCCGAUCAAGGAUCAGAAUUACUCAGUAGCUGAUCUUUAUUUGACCUUUAUACUGCUAGCAGUGGCCAUAUUCCUGGAGAUUUAUGCUUUGGUUGUUCUUCUUUUCUCUGAUAAGACGGCUUGUUGGUUGAUUAAGGAAAAGAAAUUCGCAGUCUUGGAUUUCAUCAAUUGGUUGCAACCACUGACUAAACGGCACCAAUGGUCGGAUCACAUGGCUCAAUACAGCCUAUUGAGCUUUGCCAUCAAAGAGAAGCACCUCUUUUGCCAUCGACUCCUCGAAUUUCUGCACAUUGAUGAGAAGGUCGAGAAGCUCCUCUACAGACAUCACAAGGAAGUGACCAAAGAUCUAAAGAAAUUUAUAAUGUCACAUUUCAAGGAAAUGCAGUCUCUGUGGACCACCAGAGGAAGCAGGGUGCUCGAAAAGUUCAACAGAAUGGAGAGUUUAAAAUGGAGCAUUGAGUUGGAGUUCGACCAAAGCAUCCUCAUUUGGCAUAUCGCGACCGAAUUAUGUUGCCACCCAAAAGACAAAGACAGUUUGAAAAACCCGGUUUACAACGAAGAUCAUAUAAUAGAAAACAUCAAAUCGGGAUCCAAGAUCAGCAAGCGCUUGUCUCGAUACAUGUUAUAUAUCCUUGUCAUGUAUCCUGCGAUGCUGCCGACCGGGAUUGGACGCAUCAAGUUUCAAGAGACCUAUGUUGAGGCCAUGAAAUUCUUCAAUGAGUUCCACGAGCCCAACAAAGCAAACGUUCAAGGUUAUAUGAAGUACGUGAUGAAAUGUGCAGGAUUCUGCACAAGUGCUUGGCAACAUAUCAAGAAGAAAAAGAAGCGCAAAUUCGAUAUUACCAGUGCCUGCAACCAGCUGCGGGACCAGGUGAAGACAAAGCUGAAUUUGACGGUUGCAAAGGGAGACCGGAGCAAGUACGUGCUGUUCCACGGGUGUCGGCUCGCGUCACAGCUGGACAAGAUCGAAAGUCAAGAGGAGAAGUGGGAGAUAAUAAGCGAGGUGUGGGUUGAGAUGUUGAUUUAUGCAGCGACUAAGUGUAAAGGGAGUUAUCAUGCACAGCAACUGAGGAGAGGAGGAGAGCUUCUGACUCAUGUCUGGCUCAUGAUGGCUCACUUUGGCUUGACUGAUCACUUCCAGAUUCCACAUACCCCUGCCAUAGCUGAGCUGAUUAUGCAGUAGGAUAACACUUUCGGUUUUAUUUCAAGCAUAAAUUGUAAUUAUCCAAAUGGUUUAGCAUGCUGUUCUAUAUUGGAUAUGCUUAACUAAUUGCGACUUCCUUUGUGGAGCUUGUGAAUUUUGUAUGAUGUAACUCAAUA